GUUCACGGUCUUCGGCGGUGUACAGACGUAUUUUUUUUCUCCUCCCGUAACGUUUACGUACGUCCGCUGUUUCGACUCCUCGCGCUAUUGCACAUACGUAUAGAGGAAUCAAAAUACAUCAGUGUUGGAAGAAGCUUGUUGGUGGCUAAGGAGGCAAGAGUGAGAAAGAGAGAGGGAACUACUUCUGCUUUAUGUGCUAGUGUGCAAAGUAGGUGUGACUUAGUGGUGAUUAUUCAGUGAUAGAGGUGCCAGACUAGACAAUUAUUAUUAUUAUUUUUUUCAUUUUCACUUAUUAAAGAAGAAAAAAAAUUGUUCACUUUUGGGAUUGGACAUUGUCUUUGACAUUCACCAUUGACAACAGAGAUCGAACAACGACAAACGAUAUCUUCGAUUGCCCAACAAAAGACGUCAAGAUGCGAUUGGAGGAAGAUCUGGUGAUCCGUAGAAGCCGUCCAACGAUGAUUUCCGCGAAAUACCGUGCCAGAGAGGAGCGAAGACGUCUUUUAAAAAUUUCCGCUGGAAAACUCAGGAGAAUCGAAGACCCAGAGGCCAGUCUUUGCCGCUCCGUCCUAAUAAACAACGCAGUCAGACGACUUCAACGUGAGAACAGAGACGAAAAGACGAGGAAUUAUGGCCUGCCAAUGGUGGGAUACUUAGAUGAUUCCUCAAAAGAGAAUAAAGCUAGUGGGAACAUGAUGAUGGAGUCUGAAAAUAUAUCCAAAAAACGAUUUGGUGAGGAACUCCGAGGAAGUGAACUCGUUACCUCCAAGCGUCAGAGGCACGACGAACUGGACCUUCAGGACGAUGUUUUCAGUGAUUUCUAUAUCCUUCCGCCCACCCCACGUCUCCUUGCUCACCCAGAAGAUCCCCAGCAUCAAGAAAAUUCAAGUAAUACUCUGGACAACUAUCACAACCGCCACGAGAGCCCACGAAUGACUAACAAUAUGAAUAACAAUAGUUUAUUUAUCACCGAUGAUAUGUCAUCACUUCCCUGCGACCAACCACCAACAAUAAUGAUGGACUCGACGGAAAUUGAGUGUGAAGAACGAAUUUGUGAUUUUUCAAGAUUCACAGACUCAGCGAAAAGUUUAGAGGAGAGACUUGUGGAAUUGCAAUCACUCGAUGAGCACUUUGACUUGACUAAAUUCGAGAGGAACAACAAUCAGAGCUGUGGCAGAGCCUUCCACGAUAUUCAAACUUUCCACAGUCUUGUACCAGGACUUGAGACCUAGAGAAAAUUAUAAAACCAAUAGUGUAUCGUCUAAAUGGAUAAUUACACGUGUUCAAUGAUCUUGAAUGCCGAUCAUUAGGAAAUCCUUUGGAGAAUGAUUGAAAGACUGCACCAAGGGCAACUGGAGGAGUGGGGGAACAUCAUUCAUGAGAAUGUUAUCACGUUUGUAGGAUGAAAUGUAUCGUUCAAGUGGAGGAUAGACUGCCUUAAUCGAAUUAAUACUAAAAUUAAUUAAUUGAUUGAUUGAAUUAAGAAAUUGAAACGUUUGGAGAUAUUAAAUUAAUCAAGUGGGAUUGUUUUAUAACUUUUCAUGUUAGAUUAUUGCUUUGGACCUCAGGGGCUGGUGAAACAGCUGAUGAAAAUUCAUUAAUCCAAGAUUAAAGUGGUAAAACUUUAUCAUAAGUUGGUUUGUAGUAUGUAUGUGUGUACGUGAUUUUAGAGAAAAAAAAAACGAAUACAACCGCUGGAGAACAUUUUUUUCAAGUGUGAGGAAAAAAUCUUACAUUUCGUAGUUUAACACAGUAAUAAUUGCAUCAUUAACAGUCAUAUUGAAUUCGACAUCUUAUGUUUUACCACUAAACGACUGAAUUAUUUCUCCACUUUAUGAAUUAGGUUUCUUUUGCGAGUAUUCGACAAUUUGCGAAUGGCAUUGAGUUUUUAUUCGUGAGUGAUUAAGUUACUCGAUAAUUCGAAAGAAACUGAACAACUUAAGUGGCAGAAGAGAACAGAAGGAAACAGAUUGGUACUCUCGUAUUGCAACAGAAGACUCAUUACAAAAUCGUACACUUGUAAAUAAUGUUUUUUUAAUCCCAUAAUUAUUAUUGUUAUAAAAUGAAAUUCCAAGGAAUCUCAAGUUACUUGAUUGGAGAUUUAUGAAAACAGAACUUUAGUUAAUUUCUUUUUUCCUGUAAUUUAUAUUUCGUUGAGUCGUGAUUAUUCUGUUAAUUUGAAUUUGCAGUGAAAUGGUCGGUAUUGUUUUUCUAAUUAUUGACCUUCCGAAAAAAUAGACAUUUUUUGUGGUGGCUAAAACGGUUUAUUGAAAAAACAAUCUGACAUUGGAGGGCAAAAUACUUAAUUAUCGCAUAUAAUACCACAAGAGCUCCGAAAUUAUCGGAUAUUUCCCGAUAGGUUCGUUGCAAACAAAUGAACGUGUCAAGUUUUCCAGUUUAAAAAUCACGAGCGCGAAGCGCGAGUGAUUUUUCUGGAAAACUUGACGAGCUUAUUUGUUUGCAGGGAACCUUGAGGGAAAUAUCAGAUAAUUUCGAAGUUCGAGUGGUAUUCGGGGGAUUAUUUUUUGCAUCCAAAUCUUGGCCGAUAGAAUUGCACCAUGAGACAUAAUUUUCAACGAAUUGCCAUUUAAUCUGUCAGAUACAAUUGAGGGUUACUUCAACAUUUGUUUUUUUUUAUAUAUAUCAACAUGCAAAAUUUCCCGUGUAAUUUUCAAGAAUAUCCGCUGAAAUACCGUGUUGACUAUACAAAAUAACGUCGAAUGGUGCAAUCCUAUUGGCUAAGAUUUGGAUGGGAAAAAUAAUCAAAAUAAUAGUUGAUAAUUUCCGAAUACCACCAUUUUGAAACAGAAGAAAACGUUCCAUUAAUUUUCAAUAGCAAACACUCAACACAUAAAUAUUAAAUCAAUGAAUAUAAACACGAUUAUGUAAGUAGUAGAGAUAUGUGUUUAAAUACAUACUCACGUACUCAAUUUUUUUUUAUUAUCUCGUGUCCUCUUUUAGAAUUGUUUUCUUGAAUCCUUCUCCCUGAUUUUUUAAAAUUAAUUGAUUAGUUAAUUGUACUCACUGGGUAGGUAAAUGGAAUACGUAAAUAAAUUUUAUAAUAAUGAUGUAUUUGGAAGAAAAUUUAAAUUUAGAAUUAAAGAAUAUUGACCACAGAAGUGGAACAACGGAUAGGGAAGUUGUGGGAGAAAUAUUUGGGCGCACAGAGGAGAGAAUUAUCCAAAUGAAACUUUUGUACAUAUGAAAAAUGAAAUACACAAGGAGUUGGCUAUGUAUAAAGUGUCGUUAGUAUUUUAGUAUUUUAGACUAGAUAUCCAAAUCAGUUACCAAUUAUUCGAGAACUAUAAAUGCAAAUAAAUUGCACAAAAAAAUGUAA